AUGUUUGCGAACAGCCUCUGGCAGGCGCAGAAACUGCUUCAUGGUACCCAGAGCCACAUCGUGUUGCCGCUUGGCUUAGUUGCCACGGCAUCCAUACUGGUCCUCUACAAGCACUGGAAGGAUGACCAGGGGGGCGACCCCACCAAGACUUUCCUUGCCUUGAUUGUUGUGCAAAUGUUGCCCCUUGUGUUCCUGGAGAAGAAGAUCUUGUCUUGUCCCGAUCCAGUGAGCAUGCUCUCGCGCUUCGGAAGCAAGGUCUUGCCCAGGGGCAUGGAGUACCUGGAGACCUUUACUUGCAUGCAGUUGAGGUCGGAACCUGCUAUAGUUAUCAACUGGCAGCAGUUCACCAAGCAUGCGGAGUCGUUGAAGCCCAUGCAUGCGGAGAAUGGGUUCUUGAAGAUCCUACCAAAGCCUGAAGAAGGGGAAGUGAAGAAGGCUGAGCUCAUGCUAAGCCACCCCUUCAGUGUCAACGAGUAUUACAAGUCGGCCCAGUUCGACUUUGCGCAAAACAUCUUUGAGUGCGCCGCUGAAACGGAGGACUGCUUUCAGAGAGGUCCAUCAGCUAUGGGUAAGCUGGCCACUGGAUCGCGGCGUGUGUACAAGCUUACGGAGGAUGGCAAGCUGAUGUAUGACAUGUUCUUGCGCACAGAGGGCUCGGAGGACUUUGUGCACCACUUGCACUGUGAGCUUGAGAAGCAGCCAGAUUUGGCAUCAUAA